GUCUGAAGACGUGAAAGGAGGUGAAUAAUUCAGAGCAGUUUCAUCUGACUGGCUGUGCUGUAGGCAGACAUCACCAGCUGCCCUCUUUACCUUUUAACAUGUAAAACGUCUUGAAGUUGCGAGACCGCUUUUCCUCAUGAGAAGCGGAGCCGGGGUUCUUGUUAAUUCUUUUGUGAUUGUUAAUUGUCAUGGCUGCUAGUGCAAACACGAAAUAAAAAGGGGAACCUGCCACCAUCCUCUAGAAGAAAAACAUCCGGUCAACAAUGUUGAGAAAGAGGUUUUCCUUGCGGUCCGCCAGUGCUCCGAACCUGGCAGUGCAAUCCGCUGAAGACCUGACCCCGUACAGCACAUGCGAGACAGAGAGGAGAGGAGGUGCCGUCGAGGAGGUGCUGGAGCCCGGCUCCACAGACGAGGACAGCAGCCCAGAUCCAUCCAAGAAAACAGUCUGCCUGCACUCCACUAGCAAUGGGAGCAGCAUGACAUCCUUUCCGCGUGGCUGCUCCAACAGCAGCGCAGAGACUGCUUUGGCCACGGUGGAUGUUAAACCGAGAACUCUGAAUGAGCUGAACUCUCAGAACGGCAUGGUGGACAGUGUCCACUGCAGCGAGAUGGACGGACAGGAGGAUAAGCUGAGCCCUUCCAAGAUCAUGCGCUUCUUCUCCACCCCUCGGAAAAGGAGCAGCUCCAGCGCUGAGCGGCCCCGCUCCGUGAUCAUGCCGGGCAGCUCUCCCACCUGGAACGCGCUGUCCUCCCUGAGGAAAAUGGGCUCUUUCAAGAAGCUCAAAUCUUCCGUCUUCCAAGGCAUUCAAGCCCGGGAAAACCCCGAGCUGGUGAAUGAGGAGGGCCUGGGAAACGGCCUCAGCAAGCGGGUGCCGAACGGGGUUUGCGUCCGGGGGCAGAACAACCGCUUAUUGCACUCCAGUGCCCUGCAGGACUUCAAGGGCUCAGGGGACGGGCUGACGUCAGACGGGUCGGACGUGGAGGAGCGGGACGACUCGUUCCAGAGGACCACGCAUCGCUCUCGCAGCAUCCGCCGGGCUUAUGGGGUGGGGCGCAUCAACCUGCUGGAAAACUGCAAAGGGGAGUCCCACUCGAACUGCACCAGACCCCUCUCCCCGGUCAUACAGGAGCCCCGGGGCUGCCCUCUCUCUGACAUGGACAGCAGCAAGGUUGUGUACCGACGGAGCAAAAGCAUCGACAAUCUCAACUUCCUGAAGAAGAGCUCCUUCAAGAGGAAGUCCACCUCCAACCUGGCUGACCCCAAGCCGGCGAACGAGAGCCAGAGGAUUGGGAGGGCUGCCAGCACGUCUUCCAUGGACUCGGAUAAGAUCCUGGGCGUGGAGAGGAGGUCCAAGCGCUGGAAAAGCCCGAUCAGAGCAAAAGAUUUCGACCGUGUGCUCAGGCUGGUCAGCGGCGUGACGGACGCGGCCAGGAGGAAGGAAAGCCCCCCGCCUCCAAGUGAGCCGGCCAGCAGGACCAGGCCCAACAGCAGGCUGCACGACGACUAUUCCAGGAGAGUCUCCAGCUCCUCUGAGAACGAACGACGGCGCGGCCUUUCCCCAGCCAAGACUCCGCUGAAGCCUCCUGCUCACGCAGAACCCUGCAUACUCUCAGACACUGUCGACACACAGAGUCCUCCUCUGGUUCCUGAUGCUAAAAGCAACAGGACUCCCUCCUGCCUGAGUCCAGACAUCACCAGCCCACUCAGCCCUCUCAGCCCCUCCAGCUCAAAUAACGAGGUCUUCUAUUCAGAACCCCCUGUACUCUCAAACACUGUCGAUGCACAGAGUCCUCCUCUGGUCCCUGAUGCUAAAAGCAGCACGGCUCCCUCCUGCCUGAGUCCAGACAUCACCAGUCCACUCAGCCCUCUCAGCCCCUCCAGCACUAACAACGAGGUCUUCUAUUCAGACUGCGAACCAGAAAGUGCCUCUCAGUUCGCUUUCGAUGCAGAGCUGCCCAGUACCCCAGUGAGGCCCACGGCUCCUAAACCUCAGAGCCCUAGCACUGAAAAGCUGAAGGGUAACACCCCCUUUCACUGUCCCAACCGGCACAGCACGCUGUCUCUGAACUCCAUGGACAGCGAGGGCCAGGCUCCCAGAGCAGGGAAGAGCCCUGUGUGUUUCCAGGAAUUAGUCGAGACGGUUUAUUAUGACGAGGCCAACGAGGACAGCGGGAUCAGCAGCCACUCGCAGCAGAGCCUGAACACUGCCCCGGGGGUAGAGGAGAAGAGCGAGGAGGUUUGCACAGAGGAGCAGUGGAGAGGGUCUCUGGCCCACGAGGAAGAGAAACCGGACUGGCACAAGCUGGCCCAUCGAAGAGGGAGCGCAGGCAAAGGCAGGAGUCGGCAGCGGCCUCUGUCGGACUACGGCCAGCUGGCCAACAGGAAGUUCUCCAUCCCUGAGCACAGUGUAGCGGUGGAGUCCCAAGACAUGGAGUGCACAGAGGGAGAGGAGCAAACCGUCCUGUCCCACCCCCACACCACCACCGCCGGGGGCCAGCACAGGAGCAGAAAACACAGACCCAUCUCCGUCAUCGGAGUCAGCUUCUACUCCAGCCCCAAGGCAGAGGAGAUCGAGGACCUCCUCCUCGCACAACCCCUCCCUCGGCCUCCGGUUCCUUCACACCAGGUGCCACCUUACAAAGCGGUCUCCGCCAGAUUCCGACCUUUCACCUUCUCCCAGAGCACUCCCAUUGGGCUGGAUCGAGUGGGCCGCAGGAGGCAGAUGAGAGCCUCGAACAUCGCUGCUGAUGGAGGCUCCGAGUCCUCAGCUCUAGUGGAUGACAAUGGGAGCGAGGAGGACUACAGCUUCGAAGAGCUCUGUCAGGCCAACCCCAGGUACCUGCAGCCAGGAGGGGAGCAGCUGGCUAUCAACGAGCUGAUCGGUGAUGGCAGCACAGUGUACGCAGAGGCGCUGUGGGAUCACGUCACCAUGGACGAUCAGGAGCUAACGUUCAAAGCUGGAGAUGUCAUUCGGGUCCUCGAUGCCGCCAACAAGGACUGGUGGUGGGGAAUGAUUGAGGACAAGGAGGCCUGGUUCCCUGCAAGCUUUGUCAGACUGCGUGUGAACCAGGAGGAUUGCGUGGCAGGAAGCGUGGAGAGCACCCAGGAUGAGGAACAAGACCCCUCCUCCAGCAAACCCCGGCACAAGAGCUCCGAGAACAAAGACCAGAUGAGGACCAACGUCAUCAAAGAGAUCAUGAACACGGAGAGGGUCUACAUCAAACACCUGAGGGACAUCUGCGAGGGCUAUAUCAGGCAGUGCAAGAAACACACUGGCAUGUUCACCGAAGCUCAGCUUGGCACCAUUUUUGGCAACAUCGAAGAAAUCUACAAAUUCCAAAGGAAGUUCCUGAAGGACCUUGAGAAGCAAUACAACAAAGAGGAAGCACACCUGAGUGAGAUAGGCUCCUGCUUCCUACAGCACCAGGAAGGCUUUGCCAUCUACUCGGAGUACUGUAACAAUCACCCCAGUGCCUGUGCCGAGCUCUCCAUGCUGAUGAAGCACAGCCGCUACCGGCACUUCUUCGAGGCGUGCCAGAGCGAAGAUUAG